AUGAAUGAAGCAAAACUCCCUAAUUCGCGGCCGCGAAGAAGGGGGUUAGCUCCUCCUCGGAAGAAGACUUGCUCUCAGUGUGAGAGAUCGAAAGUGAGAUGUGAUCUAAAAAAGCCUACUUGCUCACGUUGCAAGACUCGGCAAACAAAUUGUGAAUAUCCGGCUGGGGUGUAUGUGUCAGUUGACACGACAUUCGACAAGACUUUAUCAUCGGAUAUUCCACCCGCGUCAGUAGCUACUGACAUUCAACGCCCUCCUUCCACAUCGACGGGUUCUUCGUCGCAAGUUGCACUGAAGCGCACUGACGACUCUUCUUUGAUUGAAACACAUUCCUUUCACAGCCUCUACAACUCAUCUGACAUUGCCCCGUUUUCAGUCAAGAUGGAGAACCAUAGCGAACUGAUUGAGCUACCGAUCGCCCCACCAGCUGAUUGGAACAAGCCAGACUUGGAUUUCGAGAACCAAGAUCUCAUCCCAAUGCCCACUGCCGAUGAUAUUGCGACACGCUGGACACGUCCUUACCUGACCAUGUCAACUGAGUCAGCCCCAAAGGAUCUCAUGCCCUUUACCAUCGACUCUAUCAAGCGCCAUCUCAAAUUCACGAUUUCGAAGCUCAAUUCCUACGUCGCCCCUCACUACAUUCAUUAUGGACAGUUAUCGAGCGGUAUCAAAGAACCAUUGGUCAAGUGCUUCCGCCUUGUUCGCCUCCUUAACCACGCCAAAGAGGACGUCCACGCUAUUCAGCGCGAAAUCCACCAAGAGAUGAAGAAUAUCUACGAUCAGGGACCACAGCCAGGUGAAAUGGAUCGCCUGUGUACUUUCCAGGUGUAUCUCACCUACAUGAUUGCACUUUAUCUCUCCCCUUUCGAUAUCUACGCCAUGUCCCAGCACGAAGAAGGUGAAUUCGAAUCCCAUGUCAGACUCCAGGAGAUAGCUUGUAUCUGUGCCCGGACUGGAAUCACAUCGGAGGCCGAGGAGUCCAACACCCGACCUACCUGGGAAUCUUGGAUCCUGACCUCUGCCAAGCGCCGGACUCUUUUCACAAUGUAUCUCUUCACCAACAUCUACAACUGGAAAAAGGGAAUCCCGAACUACGUGGCGGAAGAACUGCGCGGCGCUUUUGUCCCAGAUGGUACUGCCCUAUGGCGACGACACGAUCGCACAGCCUGGGAACAGGAAUAUAAUGCUCAUUUGCUUCGCUGGUCAGAUGGAAAACUUGCGAUUUCAGAACUUUGGCGUGAUGCCGAGACCGGCUCGGCGACUCGACGGGACAGAGUCGACCGGUGGUUGGAGAAAGCCGACGAGUUUGGUCGGGAACUCUUUUCAAUUUGCGCCCAGAUUCAUGGGUACUAG